GGGACGUCAUGUCACGUGGCUCCCAACCGCCUUCUCCUUGAAACCCAACAAAAUAAUAAUUAUUAUGGAUUAUAAUAAAAUCACCCGAGCGGCGCCUGCUGAAGACGGCAGUACAGGAGAGAAGCCGGGAGACAGCUGGCGGGCAGACACAGCGGGGACGGCGCCCAGUGGGGGCGGGUGAACAGGCCUAGGUCUGUUGUGCGGGUCACGUGGUACUGAGCUGUGGUGUUUCCCCGGUAAAGAUGGCGGCUGUGAGGUAGAAAGCAGCGGCUCGGAGGAACAGCAGCAGUUUCGUGUUCGCACAGCAGCCGAGUGACGACGUCUUCAGGACCAGCACGAUGAUGGACCCAGGGCAGGAUUUAUUGCUCGCUGCUCUGAGUGAGAGUGGCAUCAGCCCCAAUGACCUUUUUGAUGGCGAUUCCUUGGAUAUAGGUGUCAUUGCUCCACCACCAGUCCCGGUCAGCCAGCAGUCUGUGCUAAUAAGUGCUUUAGGAGGAAACAAGGAGACUGAAGCAUCGGUUUCUGUGAAGAAAGAGACCAUGUCUGUAACAGCCCCAGCACUAUUGAAUGUCAGGCCUCCGUCAACUACAACAUUUGUCCUAAAUCAAAUAAACCAAUUGCCAACACUUGGUAACACAAUAGUCAUGACUAAGACUCCGACUGUUACUACCACUCGCCAGACCAUCACAGUAACAAAAUUUCUUCAGACUAGUGCUGCAACAAGGCCAUCCACAGCCACACCUGUUGUCCAGACCACUGUAUCUGCUGUGCCAUCUAAAGAACAAAUCCAGCUAAAAGACCUGCUUAAAACCAGCAGUCUGAAUAAACUAAUGAAACUGAAGCCGCCUUCUAACAUCGCCCAGCCUGUGGCAACUGCUGCAACUGAUCUGAUCAACGGAGCAAAGAAAGAUAUUACUAAUAAAGAAGUGACCAGAAUAUGGAUCAAUGAUGAUAUUAAAAUGAGAAGCUUUUCUCCAACUAAUAAAGUGAAAGAGGAGGAUGAGCCAGAGGAAGAAGAUGAAGAGGAAAUGGGGCAUGCAGAGACCUAUGCAGAAUAUAUGCCGAUAAAACUUAAAGUUGGGCUCAGACAUCCAGAUCCUGUUGUGGAAACCAGUUCCCUGUCAAGUGUGACUCCUGCAGAUGUUUGGUUCCAGACCUCGAUUCCUGAGGAGACCAUUGAUAACGGCUGGCUGUCAGCACUGCAGUUAGAAGCAGUCACUUACGCUGCCCAGCAACAUGAAACCUUCCUUCCUAAUGGUGAAAGAGCUGGAUUCCUGAUUGGGGAUGGUGCAGGAGUUGGGAAAGGGAGAACAAUUGCUGGAAUUAUCUUUGAAAACUACUUGUUAAGUAGAAAAAGAUCUUUGUGGUUCAGUGUCUCAAAUGACUUAAAGUACGAUGCUGAAAGAGACUUGAGAGACAUUGGAGCUAAAAAUAUUCAGGUCCACUCUUUAAACAAGUUUAAAUAUGGAAAAAUUUCAUCCAAGCAUAAUGGUAGUGUGAAGAAAGGGGUUAUAUUUGCUACAUAUUCCUCGCUGAUUGGAGAAAGCCAGUCUGGAGGGAAAUACAAAACUCGCUUAAAGCAGCUUCUUCACUGGUGCGGAGAGGAUUUUGAUGGUGUUAUUGUAUUUGAUGAAUGCCACAAGGCAAAAAAUCUAUGUCCAGUUGGUUCUUCAAAACCAACAAAAACUGGCUUGGCGGUACUGGAGCUUCAGAACAAGCUGCCUAAAGCCAGAGUUAUAUAUGCUAGUGCCACAGGUGCCUCUGAACCAAGAAAUAUGGCUUAUAUGAGUCGUCUAGGAAUUUGGGGUGACGGUACUCCCUUUAGAGAAUUUAAUGAUUUCAUCCAGGCUGUGGAAAGAAGGGGUGUUGGUGCCAUGGAAAUUGUGGCCAUGGACAUGAAAUUGAGGGGCAUGUACAUUGCAAGACAGCUAAGCUUCACUGGUGUCACCUUCAAAAUUGAAGAAGUUCCGCUCUCCCUGGAUUAUGUCAAAAUGUACAACAAGUCUGUUAAACUGUGGGUGCUGGCCAGAGAGAGGUUUCAACAAGCUGCAGAUCUAAUUGAUGCCGAGCAGAGGAUGAAAAAGUCUAUGUGGGGUCAGUUCUGGUCGGCACAUCAGAGGUUUUUCAAAUACCUCUGCAUAGCAUCUAAAGUUAGAAGAGUGGUACAGCUAGCCAGAGAAGAAAUAAAGAAUGGAAAGUGUGUUGUCAUUGGUCUCCAGUCUACUGGAGAGGCAAGAACUCUGGAGGCUUUAGAGGAAGGAGGGGGAGAACUAAAUGACUUUGUGUCGACUGCAAAGGGUGUACUACAGUCUCUGAUUGAGAAGCACUUUCCAGCGCCAGAUCGUAAGAAACUAUUUAGCCUUCUUGGAAUAGACUUAACAGCGCAAAGCAAUAACAACUCUCCUAGAGAGAGUCCCAGCAAAGACAGCAAAACAAAGAAGAGGAAAGGUGAAGAGCUGUCACGGGAUGCCAAGAAACCUCGUAAAACAGGUGGGCUUGCUGGCAGCAGCUCAGAUGAGAUGGACAGCGGCUCUGACUCUUCUGACAAAGAGGCUGAAAGCGGAAGUGAAAGCUUUAAGUCUGUGAGCUCUGGAGACGAUGAAGACGAUUUUAAUCCAUUUCGAGAUGAGUCAAGCGGUGAUGAUGAAGAUGAUCCUUGGCUGAUUAGAAAAGAACACAAGAAGAGUAAAAAUAAAAAGAAAAAGAGAAAAAUUGAUCCAGACUCUAUUCACAGUGCCUUAUUAGCGUCAGGACUAGGGUCAAAGCGGCCCAGCUUUUCAUCUGCUGUCAAAUCUGUUGCUGCAAGCACUGCCCCCAGCCUUCCAGCUAUUUCUAGUAAUGCAAUUUCCAGUACUACCAAUGCUAGUAUCAGCUGCAUGACCAGUCAGGAUGCUGUGGAAAGGGCUCAACAAAUGAAGAAAGAGCUUCUGGAUAAACUGGAUAACUUGGCAGAAGCGUUGCCCCCAAAUACAUUGGAUGAGUUGAUUGACGAGCUUGGAGGACCGGAUAAUGUGGCAGAGAUGACUGGUCGGAAAGGUAGAGUGGUCAGUAAUGAUGAUGGAAGCAUAUCGUAUGAGUCUCGAUCAGAACUUGAUGUACCCGUAGAAAUCCUAAAUAUCACUGAAAAGCAGCGGUUUAUGGAUGGUGAAAAGAAUAUAGCAAUCAUCUCAGAAGCUGCCAGUUCAGGAAUUUCAUUACAAGCCGACCGCAGAGCUAAGAAUCAGAGGAGAAGAGUGCACAUGACACUGGAAUUGCCUUGGAGUGCAGAUCGAGCAAUUCAGCAGUUUGGUAGGACACACAGAUCUAAUCAAGUUACUGCCCCAGAGUAUGUCUUCCUUAUCUCAGAGCUAGCUGGAGAACAAAGAUUUGCUUCAAUUGUUGCCAAGAGAUUGGAAAGUUUGGGGGCUUUGACACAUGGCGAUAGAAGAGCAACAGAAUCCAGGGAUCUGAGUCGCUUUAACUUUGAUAACAAGUAUGGCAGAAAUGCUUUGGAAAUUGUUAUGAAGUCUAUUGUGAGCCUGGAUUCCCCUUUGGUUUCUCCUCCAUCAGAUUUUCCUGGCGAUUUCUUUAAAGAUGUCCGUCAAGGGUUGAUUGGAGUUGGCCUUAUAAAUGUUGAAGACCGAUCUGGAAUUUUGACUCUUGAUAAAGAUUACAACAAUAUUGGAAAGUUUCUUAACCGUAUCUUGGGCAUGGAAGUGCACCAGCAAAAUGCUCUCUUUCAGUACUUCUCCGACACACUUAAUGCAGUUAUACAGAAUGCAAAAAAGAAUGGCAGAUAUGAUAUGGGUAUUCUAGAUCUUGGUUCUGGAGAUGAGAAGGUUAGAAAAACGGAGGUUAAGAAGUUCCUGACCCCAGGUUAUUCCACUUCGGGUCAUGUGGAAUUGUACACAAUAAGUGUAGAAAGAGGAAUGUCUUGGGAGGAUGCAACUAAACUCUGGGCUGAACAGACUGCACCCGAUGAUGGGUUUUAUUUAUCACUACAGAUAAGAAAUAAUAAGAAAACUGCUAUUUUAGUAAAAGAAAUCAACCCCAAAAAAAAGCUUUUCCUAGUGUACAGGCCCAAUACUGGAAAGCAACUGAAACUUGAAACAUUGUCAGAAUUGAGAAAGAAAUAUAAGAAGGUAACGUCUGAUGAUGCCUUUUCUCACUGGAAAGAACAGUACACAUCAUCUGCUGAUAUAUGUACACAUGCUUAUUGGAGAGGUAAUUGUAAAAAGGCAAGCUUAGGACUGGUGUGCGAAAUAGGCUUGCGCUGCCGGAUAUAUUAUGUUCUGUGUGGAUCUGUCUUAAGUGUCUGGACUAAAGUGGAAGGAGUUCUAGCCUCCGUUAGUGGCACAAAUGUGAAAAUGCAAAUAGUUCGAUUACGAACGGAAGAUGGGCAAAGAAUUGUUGGUCUAAUCAUUCCAGCAAACUGUGUAUCACCGCUUAUAAGUCUGUUAUCAACUUCAGACCAGUCUCAGCAGAUUGCAGUACAACAGCAACAGAUGUGGCAGCAACUUCAUCCUCAGAGUAUCAGCAAUUUCAGCACCCCAUAGAUAUCUGCCAAGCAGAAACUUGGACAUAGUAAGAAACCGUAGAGACCGUAACAGGGCACACGAAUCAGGGACAGAUUCCAAAGAGUUCAGUCUACGUGCGUGUAGUUGAACACUGUUUUGUCGAACACCAGGAUUUGGCGUACAUCAAGAGACCUUCGAGGCGAUCUGCAAGUUCCUUUAUAGUGGCACAUACUUUUCUUUUUCCCUUACACUAUUGGUGCUUCCCAUUAGCUCCAGCUUUCAUAGUCCUUAAUUUAAUGUUCCAUUUAAUUUUUUAUUUUUUUUCCCCCCCCAGAUCACUCUUUCGUUCCUCUGUGCAACAUGGAGGCAGAAACACACUGCUUUGUUUUUCAUUUAUGUCCCAUAUAGUGCUCAGGGUCUUAUUUGGUAAUCAUUUUUAAAGGGGAGCUUUUCAUAAAUGCAUGUACAAGGAAGGUAUGACGCAUAAACCAAUAUAUGUAUAUAAAAGAUUUUCCUAACGUGUAAUAAGGAUGCAUGCUUUCAUAAAUGCACUGUAUUUAAAAGGGUAUAUUUGUGUUCUCCCCUACAUUGGUUAAUGCAGCGCAUGUCUUUGAAAGCAUGAAUACAAAGACUUUGGCAAGUCCCGAUCCACGGGGAACAAUCAGUUCCUGAUCUCCACUUAGCCUGUUUUAUUUUUACAUAGUGUUUUAAAUUUAAUUAUUUAAGUUUGGGUGUAUGAUGCUAUUUCAACACAUUUGCUCUUAAAAUUGUGAUGGAAAUGUAAUAUUUUAAGUGUAAAAAGGACAUUUUCUAAUGUGCUGCAGCAAAGGUCUUGUGCCUAUUGUCUUUUUUUUUUUUUUUUUUUCCCCUCCCUCUUUGGCAUCAAAAAUGGGAACAUGCAAACCAUUUUGAUUAUUCAUUUAUAUUUUUUUUAUUUUUUUCUUUACAAAUUACUUUAUUGUAAUUAAAUAAACAAAUUUGACUGGUAAAAUAAGGCACAUCUUGAAUGGUACACUGUUAUGUAGAUCACUCAAGGCUCCCUGCUGUGUGUCGUUUUGCCUUCUCUGUAACUUGAAUACAAUUUACUAUGUUGUAAGACAUUGUAGAGUUUCUUCAGCUGUUUAAAAUUGUAAUGUACAAAUGUGAAUAGUUAUCUAUAAUAUGGUUUUUUUUUUUUGUUUUUUUUUUCCGCCUUCGAUAGUUCAUGUUUAUAAGGAAGUGAAAAAGACAAUGUUUGUCAUUUCUUGCUUGCACAGGUUGCACUAUUUGAACGUUUUGAGACUGUAUAAACCUGUUUGGGGACAUUUAAAAUUACCCUGAGGUAUUUACACCUUAGAGGGAACAAAUAAAAUUCAUUGUACUAA